GUGCGCCCGCCUUCUGCUGCGCCACGGGGCCCCGGUGAAUUGCGCGUCGGAGGAGGAAGGCGACACGCCGCUCCACGUGGCGGCUCGGCUGGGCUUGCCCGAGCACUUGCGCCUCUUCCUGAGCCACGGCGCCGACCUGGAGGCCCGGAACGCCGAAGGGGAGACCCCGCUGCUAGCCGCCUGCGCCCUGCCGCACUCCGCGCAGGCGGCGGAGCCUUACUACGAGGUGUGCAAGGAACUGGUGGAAGCCGGCGCCCGGGUGAACGCCGCCGACCGCGACCUCCAGCGCCCGCUGCACCAGGCCUGCAAGCAGGCCAACCCACGCGUGGUGGCGCUGCUCCUGGCCCACGGCGCCCACGUCAACGUCAUGAGCUACAGCGGCAACACGGCGCUCCACAACGCCCUCCAGGGGGCGCCCUACCGCCUGGAGCACCGGCCGGAGCUGGCCGUGCGCCACCUGCUCAACCACGGCGCCGUGCGCGUCUGGCCCGGGGCGCUACUCAAGGUGCUGCGCCACUGCUGCGCGUCCCCUCGGGCGCUGGAAGCCCUGCUCAACUGCUACGCGCGAGUCCCCGUCACCGAGGCCUGGGAGGAGGCGGUCCCGGAAGAGCUGGCGCAGCGGCACCCGCGCUUCUUCCGCUCCCUCUUCGCCCUCGGCCGGGGCCCGCGCAGCUUGCAACACCUGGCCAGGUGCGCGCUUCGCACCUGCCUGGAAGAAGAAGGCCGCCUCCUCGGGGCCCUGCCUCACCUGCGGCUUCCCCCCGCCUUACACGACUUCGUCCUGCUCCGCUUCGAGGACGUCAUGUACUAG